AUGCAUCCCGAAAACAAAUGGGAAAAAAGACAAAAUGCGCCGUGGAUUAAUAAAGAGCUAAUAUCUCUAUGUAGGAAGAAGCUACUUUAUAAAAAAGCAAAACGGAGCCGAAAUGAAAGUACCUGGAUUCGUUAUCGUCAAAUGAAUAACAAUUUGAAAAGGAAGUGCAAUGAAGCUCGGUGGAGCUAUGAUUUAGCUCAAGAUUUGACAGACAACAACAAUCCCAAACCAUUUAGGAACUUUGUGAAAUCCAAGUGUAAAGGAACAAAUAAAUUGAUAUCCCUGAAAGUUGGAGAAUCUGUUUUCACUGACGACCAAGGUAUUGCAGAUAGCAUGAACUCGUAUUUUUCUUCUGUUUUUACAGUUGAAAAUUAUGAUAAUAUCCCAGUGCUUGACUAUAUUGUGGACGAGAGAUUAGAGAACAUCCGUUGUUCUGUUGACGAAGUAAAGAAAGCUUCUUCCAAAUCUUAA